CGAGUGCGAACUACACUUCCCGGCAGGACGCGAGAGCGCGCACGCGCACCGGGGCCUCCGCCAUGGCGACCGUGCUGUCCAGGGCGCUCAAGCUCCCGGGGAAGAAGAGCCCGGACCUGGGGGAGUAUGACCCCCUCACACAGGCCGACAGUGACGAGAGUGAAGAUGAUCUCGUGCUUAACCUGCAGCAGAAGAACGGAGGGGUCAAGAACGGGAAGAGUCCGCUGGGAGAAGCACCGGAGCCUGACUCGGAUGCUGAGGUCACAGGGGCUGGCAAGCCCCACCUCUCGGAGGUCACCACGGAGGGGUGCCCCUUGGAGCCCCUGGGGGGCCUGGAGCAGAAGACGGCCUCCUCCAUCGCGUCCUACGUGCGCACAUCCGUCUUUCUGCUGAUGCUGGUGAUCUCCACGGUCCUGGUGCUCGUGUGUGCCUUCCUGAUCCCCUGUCCCCCGCGAGACCUGCACAGCGCGUGGAGCCGCCACUUGGGCCCCCACGGAGGUGGGGACCUGUCUCCACUGGACCUGGCGGACGUGAAUGGAGACGGCCUGCGUGACGUGCUCCUCUCCUUCGUGACAUCAGGGAACAGGAGCACCGCUGGUGUCUCAAGGCCACCUGCUGUCCUCGUGUGCCUUUCGGGGAUGAAUGGCAGUACGCUCUGGUCUAGUCCCCUCCCCGAGGAGGCCCGAGAUAUUACCUGUCUGGAUCUAAUGCCAGGGAGAGCGGCCGAAACCGUCUGCCUUGUGACGGGGACACACAAGAUGCUCAGCGCAUUCAACGCGACAUCAGGGAAAGCCAUUUGGACUUUAGACCCACACUACUUACCCAACGGUACCCUGGCUGCCCCAGGCGUGGUGCUGCCAGACCUGGAUGAAGAUGGCAUUAGAGAUCUUGCCGUUCUGGUCAUUGGGGAAUUGCAGCCAGAUCUGUGCUUUCUGCUGGUGUCUGGCCGGACAGGGAGUCCCGUGGGCCGACCCGUGAAGUACAACAUCGUCGGAGUGGGGAACCUAAUCGGCCCUCAGGUUUACAUCACCACCAGCGGGGCUGCCUACAUCCUGUUUGGCUUUGGAAACAUCCAGGCUGUCGCCCUGCGGGACAUUUUUGUUCAAGCCCAAAAUCGAGACAGCUUACCACCUUCCCUGCAGAUAGACGAGCCCGAGUGGGAGAAGCGGAGAUCCAUCAACCUGUCUGAGCUCAUUGACAUUUACAGUGAUGGGGUGGAGCUCCUCCAGACGGUGAAGGUGCCGGAUUCCAACAGCAGCAACUUCCUGAUCACCACCAGACAAGGCCUUGUCCUGCUUCAGGGGCAAAAUCUCACACCUUCCUGGACCUUGAGCCUCCAAGGCCUGCGCAGCCAGCCUACUCCUGGGUAUUUCACGGAUGAUCAGACGUUAGACUUCCUUCUGCAGAUACCCAAUGGAGUUGGGCUGAAAAAGAGCUCCAAGUCUAGCUGAAUGGAUAAAAUGAAAAGUCACAAUGCAGUGCUAAACCCU